GAGCCUUCGGUCCCUAAAAAGGUGGAUCGAACCGAAAUUGGAACUGUUGGUCAAUUUUGGUUAGGACCAAGUCCCAUCCUACUCGCGGAUCAAAGAUCCAUAUUUCAAGGAUCAAUUCAAUUUUUAGUUGUUGAAUAUACUUCAUAA